UUUAUUUUUUAAAUAAAUGUUUUUACAAUAUUCGCUCCUUCAUGGGCAUAUAAUUAAAUCCGAUUUCAAGGGUUUAAUAUAUGAUAAAAAAGAUAAAUAUUAUGACCAAUUCGAAUUCAAUUGACAAUCAUAACGAAGUCUAUCUAAGUUGUUUCCAAAAUUUUACUAAAUUAGUAAGCAAUGUACAUCGACCAAUUAGGUGAUGAUGAAUCUUUAAAGGUGAAAUAUUCGUAUAGUCAAAAAUGCAUGGAAACUUCAACCCUGGAUCAAAAAAAUACUACCGAAAGGAAAUAUAAUGCCGAUUUAGCAUUCAGUAUUAAAAAAAUAUUAAACGAUAAAACCAAUGCCAAAUCGCAAAAUUUAUCUCCAUCAUUAAAAAGUUAUAACAUUAAUGGUAAAUAUUCAAAAUCACAACUAUAUCAGAGUGAACUCGGUAAUAAGGUAAUAAGUGAUGAUAUUGGACUAGGCUUUUAUCAAUAUCCAUUAUACCCGUUUUCUGACCCUCAGAAAGAAGAUAAUAUGUUUCAUAUGAUAGAUCCCUAUAUAAAGUUUCCUCCAGAUCACUUAUCCUCCCUAUUUAAUCAGAAAUAUAUUCACUACCCUUAUAAGCAAAACUUGUACGAGAAUAAUUUUGCUAGCAAAUCAUGUGGGGAAUAUAAUCCUAAUAUAUAUAAAUAUCUUUCUAUGUUUUAUUCCGCGCAUAAUAUACAAAACGAAAUGUCCACUCACAUGAAAAAAUGUUCCUGUAAAAUGAUUUGUAAAUGUGAGAUUUUAUUCCGUGAUAAUCCCUUCCAUUAUAAUAAUAAUAAUAACAAUAACACAUCUUUAGCACGUUGCAAUCCAUUUUCCAUUACGAAUGAUAAAGGGACUAAGCAAGAAAAUUAUAUAAAUCUAAACAAUAAUUCAAAUAUUCCUAUAUCAACAAAUAGCUACGAGGGAGUUAGGUUUGAUAUCUCAUUACGACAUAUUGAUCACAAAGCAUCUACAUCUUUUAACUCAAAUUCUAUACAAAACCAAGAGAAAAUUACAUUUAAUACCGAACCCAUUUCUGAGUCAGAUUACCCCAAAUCUGGAACUAAUUUAUUAGAUCCAUUUCAUCCCAGAAGAAUAGGUCAUCCUUAUCAAAACAGAAAUCCGCCUAAACGCAAAAAACCCCGAACUUCGUUUACCCGUGUCCAGAUAUGCGAGUUGGAAAAACGCUUUAUCAGGCAAAAGUAUUUGGCUUCUUCCGAGAGAGCAAAUAUGGCCCAUUCUUUAAAAAUGUCUGAUGCACAAGUCAAAACCUGGUUCCAAAAUCGACGAACUAAAUGGAGACGACAAACAGCAGAAGAACGUGAGAUCGAGAGGCAAGCUACGAAUAAGUUGAUCCUUAGACUACAAAAAUCGAAUAAUUUAGACAAAUCAUUCUUCCAAGAAAAAUCAAAUCAUUUACCUUUUUCAAUGGAAAAUAUCGUUGAAAUGCGCAAAAGCCCCAAAAUCAAAAAUUUAUAUAGUACUAAUGAUUUGAUCCACAACAAUAAUAAUAAUAAAGACACCAUGGUUCUUACCGUUCCAAAUGAUAAAAUUAACAUGAAUGGUUAUAAUUCUGAUAUAAUAAAACCCCUUCUUAAUUCACGCGUUGACAUUGCAAGUAAAGAUGUUAUACAGAGCAAAGAUACAACAUAUUUUAACAAGGAUUUUGAUGAAACUCAUUAUAGUGAAAAAGGUCAAAAUGUAACAGAAACCCAAAUUUUAAAGGACCCAUUAGAAAAUAAUAAUAGUCUCAAUCUCCUUACCAACACAUUUUUCAUACAAAAAAUUAUUAAAACUUAUUAAAAAAAAUAGAAAUAUAUACACAAAUUUUACAUAAAAAUUUAAAAUGUUUAAUAUUAUC